AUGUCAGUAGCAAGUUCAAAUUCAUACUACUCAGUACAAGACGAAGAUGCUUUAUUCCCACUUUCAUUCAGUAACAGUCAAGAGACUCCAUUGUUAUCACACAGCAUUACUUCAAAUCUAAGUGAAUCUUCUUCGUAUGAAGAUGAGUUACUAUUAAAUUCUCCACUAUUACAUCCUCACGACAACAGCUUAUACACACAUUCAAACAAACCACAAAGUGAAAGCGUGCAUUGCACUAAUAACGAUGAUGACGAAUUUAUGUUCUCAUUAGACCAAGAUAACUCAUACUUCAAGAGUCAAAAGGUACAAGAUUUCAGUAACUCGGCUAACAAAGUGUCAUACGACUUCGAAUCAUAUCCGGAAGCAUUUAUGAAUGCUGCUCAACAAAAUUACAGAAUAUGGUUAUCUUCAGUAUAA